AACUUUACUAAGAUCUUAACUUCAAUGAAGACUGAAGACUUGGGCAUUAACUGCAGUGAGAGGCUCUGCAAUGAGAUGGACCUCAGCACCUGGGAGAACAUGGCAAAUGGGACAAGUGUGGAAGAAUUAAUCCUUCUUGGCUUCCCAGGCAUGUGGCAUUUCCGGGUCUCCCUUGCGGUGGUAUUUGCACUGAUGUACUCCCUGUCAGUAAUAGGCAGUGCAUCCAUCACAGCCCUUGUGUGGACAAACAGGAAACUCCAUACCCCGAUGGACUUUUUCCUCUGUAAUCUCUCCUUUCUGGAGAUCAGGUACACUACAGGUGUUGUUCCCAAAGCCAUAAGAGUCACGAUGGGAUCCAGACAGACUAUUUCCUUCAGUGUCUGCACGCUCCAGUUAUUUUUUCUUCUCUCCCUAGGCUCCACUGAAUGUUUUCUCCUGUCUGUCAUGGCCUAUGACUGCUACUUAGCCAUAUGCUACCCACUGAGAAACAGGUCCCUCAUGAACAGCGUACUCUCUGCUCAGCUGGCACUCAGCUCCUGGAUGGGAGUCUUUCUGGCCAUCUCACUGCUGGUCAUUUUGACAUCCAGGAUGAUGUUCUGUGGGCCAGAUGUCAUCAAUCAUUACCUCUGUGAUAUAGAUUCCUUCCUUGCCCUCUCCUGCAGUGACAUAUGGGCCGCAGAGCUGGCAACCUUCCUAGUAUCCAUAAUUGUUGUAGUGGCUUCCUGUGUGGUCACCCUUGUCUCCUAUAUAUACAUCAUCUCUUCCAUCCUGAGAAUUCAGUCAGCCCAUGGCCAAAAAGCCUUUUCCACUUGCUCAGCCCAUCUCAGUGUUGUCACAAUCUGGUACGGCUCCACUGUGUUCCUGUAUGUCAAGCCAUCAGUCCAGAAAUCCCUGGACCUGAACAUAAUUCGUAAUAUCUUUAACACAGUCAUAAAGCCUUUGCUGAAUCCUUUAAUUUACACACUCAGGAACAAAGAAGUGAAGCAAACUCUGGGGUGA